ACACAGGACAAGGAAGGAAAGCGACAACUUCAUUUGGCUAGUUAGCUGGGGAAUUAGCAUCUUCUUCUUCCUCGACCUUUUCGCCCCCACCGACACAUCCCGAACCCCCCGCCCCUCAUUGACCAUACCAACCGCAUCAAUGUCGUAAAUUGGCCCACUCUUUAGUUUUAAAAUUGUUUUUUUCUUUAAUGGCGUCCAACGGCCACCGCCACCAGCGCAACGAUGACAGCGCGGACGACGAGGACGAAACGCCCACGAAGAAGCAGCCGCGCUCCGACAAAGACGCGCCCGGCUCAGGCUGUCUUCUCCGGAGCGAGGCCGACAAGGAGGCGGCGGCCGCGCCGACCGGACGUGCCUCGUCGCCCCGCCACGCCUCCGACUCGACCCCGAGGCUUCGCAGCGACGCCGUGAAGAAGAGCAGGCCGCCGUUCCCGUGGUUCGGCAUGGACAUCGGCGGCACGCUGGUGAAGCUGGUGUACUUCGAGCCCCGCGACAUCACGGCGGAGGAGGAGCAGGAGGAGGUGGAGAACCUGAAGAGCAUCCGCCGCUACCUGACGUCCAACACGGCGUACGGCACUACGGGCAUCCGCGACGUGCACCUGGAGUUGCAGGAGCUGACGCUGUGCGGCCGCACGGGCAACCUGCACUUCAUCCGCUUCCCCACGCACGACCUGCCCGCCUUCCUGCAGAUGGGCCGCAAUAAGCACUUCUCCAGCCUGCACACCAGCCUCUGCGCCACCGGCGGCGGCGCCUACAAGUUUGAGGCCGACUUUCGCACGAUGGCCGACCUGCAGCUGCACAAGCUGGACGAGCUGGACUGCCUGAUCCGCGGCGUGCUCUACAUCGACGCCGUGGUCUCCGGGGGUCCCUCCGAGUGCUACUACUUCGAGAAUCCCACUGAGCCGGAACGCUGCGUGCAGCGGCCGUACGCGCUGGAGAACCCGUACCCGCUGCUGCUGGUCAACAUCGGCUCCGGCGUCAGCAUCCUGGCCGUCUACUCGGAGAACGACUACAAGCGCGUCACCGGGACCAGCCUGGGCGGGGGGACGUUUCUGGGCCUGUGCUGCCUGCUGACGGGCUGCUCCACCUUCGAGGAGGCUCUGGAAAUGGCGUCGCAGGGGGAGAGCACCCGCGUGGACAAACUGGUGAGGGACAUCUACGGCGGCGACUACGAGCGCUUCGGCCUGCCGGGCUGGGCCGUGGCCUCCAGUUUUGGCAACAUGAUGUCCAAAGACAAGCGUGAGUCGGUGUCCAAGGAGGACCUGGCCAGGGCCACGCUGGUCACCAUCACCAACAACAUCGGCUCCAUCACGCGCAUGUGUGCGCUCAACGAGAACAUCGAGCGUGUGGUUUUUGUGGGCAACUUCCUGCGCGUCAACACGCUGUCCAUGAAGCUGCUGGCCUACGCCAUGGACUACUGGUCCAAAGGUCAACUCAAAGCGCUCUUCUUGCGCCACGAGGGUUAUUUUGGAGCCGUCGGAGCUCUGCUGGAGCUGCUGCAUCCGUCCUGAAGCGGCCAACGGAGAAAAACAUCUCAGACGGCGUCAAGCUGCUGCAAAGCAAAAGAAAAUGUUGAACUUUAAAAAAAAAAAAUUACGGUCCAGGAUCAUGACGCU